AUGGGGGUGCACAACAACAGCACAACUCAGGUGCAGCUCUCUCUCACAUGCCAGGAUGCUACUAAAGCCAGUGGACCCCUUCCAUUAUGUGUUUUAUUAUAUAUUUUCCUUAUGUUAUUGUCUGUUAUAACAAUGAGACCAUCCUGCCACAUUAUCAUUGCUGUCCUUUAUUUCCAACAGCUCCACACUCCUACAAAUUACCUUAUUCUUUCUCUGGCUGUGGCUGACCUGCUUGUUGGGAUCACAGUUUUUCCUUUUAGCUUGGCCUUCUCAGUUAUCUCGUGUUUGUAUCAUGAGGGUUUAUUUUGCAAAGUCCGAGGCAGUUUUGAUAUAUCACUGAGCACAACCUCUAUUCUGAACCUAUGUUGUAUCUCUAUUGACAGAUAUUAUGCAGUGUGUCAGCCUCUGACAUAUAACAUCAGAAUAAACCAUCGUGUAAUUGUGGUCAUGAUCCUGCUGAGCUGGGGGGUUUCUGCUCUAAUUGGAAUUAGUGUCAUAAUUGCUGGAUUAAACAAUGAAAAAUGUAAUGAAAGAUGUUUAAUUGAUGUUCUCAUAGAAAACACUGUUGGACCCAUUUUAUCAUUUUAUCUCCCAGCGAUCAUAAUGCUCUGUAUCUACCUGAAGAUUUUCCUUGUUGCAAAGAGACAGGCAUCUAGAACACAACCUGUCAGAACACAAAGGACUCUAUCUGGAGCAACUGUUAGUAAGAUGGAAAGAAAAGCCACCAAAACUCUGGCUAUUGUUUUAGGAGUUUUCCUUUUAUGUCAGACUCCUUUCUUUAUAUCUCCUUUCUGCCUCUCAUCAAUGAUUUAG